CUUCCAGCCGCGCCGACCGCUUCGGCACGGCUAGUUUCAACAUAAGUGAUAACAAUACUCCACACCAACAAUCAUAUACAAACCAGUAUUAUCAGCACAAUUAGAAUAAAACAACGAUAUUGAACCUAACAGACAUUCGCAAUAAGGCCUAAAGUGUAAUGUUGUAGUGAUGUGAGAGUAUAAACAUAUAAGUGUAGUGUGAGUUUCACACAAUGAGUGGACUCGGCCCUCCGGGAGUGUGGGCGGCGCAGAAGCGGCUUGAGUCGUGGGCGAGAGCGGCCAGAGAACGCACAUCCAGUGCAUCCAGUGGGCAAAGUCACAACUCAACAGACAGCUUUGGUGAUGACAAGUCACACGGCAGUCCUAGUGAGAUGCUGAUCUCAAAAGAGCAUUGUCGCGUGCAGCCUCUGAGUGAGCGCACCGCCAGUUCCUUGCCUCAUGCGCGCCUCACCCGAACGCCUUCUAUCUCCUCUCAGAGCAGCCUGGACAGUGGAACCUCCAGGGCUACUAGUCAUCGGGGUUCUUCGCCAGCGAUUCGAACCUUCGCUCCUGACGGCCGUACCCUCGAAGCUGGUACUACUGGAGUUCCUCGGUCGCCAUCACCUCUACGAGCAGCCUCCCUGGACGUCCGAGCUGCUCCUCUAGCUCACGGCUCCUUAGCAUCAUUAGCAGAUUCACCAGCGCCUUCUAGCCCCAGACAUCUACCACCGAGAUGUUUGUCACCACUGCUUAUGCCACCAAGACGGAUAGACCGCAGCAAUUCCUUGGUGGAAAGCAGCAGCGGCCUAGGACCUUUGAGUCCAGGUGCGGGUGCGGCGAUUAGCGCCCUAGGGGCCCUCCAGCCGGACCUGUAUACCAAACGAGAAGCCCCUCUUGUUAUUGAACUGGAAGGGGCUGGACCGUCACUUGGAAGAAUCCAUCUUCGCCUGAAAUAUGACUUCGAUAGAUCUGAUUUGGAAGUUCAUCUCAUCGAAGCCCAUGACUUGGCCGGCUAUGAGGCUGGUGGCUUCAACGACCCCUACGUGCGUGUAACUUUAUUACCCGAAGUAGACACGCGCGUGAGGCAAACACCCGUACACAGGAACGAGGCGAAUCCCUUCUUCGAUCAGCACUUUAAGUUUCCUGUGUCUCACGACGAGCUCGGUGACAAGACGCUGUUACUGCAGGUGUUCGAUUAUGACAGAUUCUCUCGCAAUGAAGUGAUGGGGUCAGCCAAAGUGCCACUCUCUCGCGUAGAAGUGGCAGGCGGAGCGGAAGUGUGGGCCGAGUUGUCGAGGGAGAGACGUCCUCCUGAGGAGUUGCAGGAGUUGUUGCUAUCUCUGUCUUACUUGCCUUCAGCCGAGCGGCUUACCGUAGUGGUCCUGAAGGCAAGGAACCUUCUACCGCCACAGGAAGGAAAAGAUGCUUUAGAUGUGUAUGUUAAGGUGUAUUUGCUGGUGAAUGGUAAACGUGUAAAAAAGAAGAAAACGAAUAGGAAAGAGAUAAACAAUCCCGUAUGGAACGAGGCGCUGUCCUUCAGUCUGCCCUCUGGGAACCUGCAAGAGGCAUCCAUCGAGGUGUGCGUGCUGACGGGCGGCAGCGGGCUGGUGGUGGGGUGGUGCUGCGUGGGGUCGGCCGAGCCCGCCGCCGAGGGUCGCCACUGGGCGCAGAUGGCGCAGGAGACCCGUAAGGCUGUCGCCAUGUGGCACACGCUCAGAUAGACCGCACGCCACGUCGCUCGCCGCUGUACAACACCUCUAUAGAUUAGACAAAACCAGCUGCAGUAUAAUGUUAUAGUCUGUUAUUUUAUACCAGAGUCAAUUUUGACAUAACCUACGUUGCUAACACAGUGUAUAAAAAAAUAUGAAACAAUUAGAAACAUUUAAUAAAUUAUACCUACUGUGUGCACUGACAUACAUAGCAUGUUGUGGGUGACAGUUACUAAUUUUAUAUUCAUCAAUUGCUAUAUUUAAAUUAAUACAGUUAUUAAUUAUUCAUUAUACUUAUUACAAAUGUGGUACAGCAGAAAUACUAAGUCAUAAUUUGUAAAUCUCGGCAACUUUUAAGAGUGAAACGAAACGAUAAUGAAACUGUCACCCGCACCAUGCUACAGCGCACAUGGUAUAAUCGACCAAUAAAAAAACAGUAAUAAAUUAAUUGA